AUGCCGACCCUCAGAUCGAAAUCUCGAGCGGACCGGGACACGGCGAAGCUCCUCGCCCCCGGCGACUACGACGACGACGCCUCAUCCUUGCACAGCAGCCGGAGCGACCAGGAGAGCGACAGCGAUGACGACCAGCUCCAGCAGCGCGCCCGCAACAGCCGCGAGUUGCGCGCCGCCGACAGCAUCGUCUUCAUGGAGGAGGACGAAGUCGACAAGCUGGUCACGGACACCCGCAGGAAGAAGCAGGACUUGCAGCGCCGCGGCUCGAACCUCGCCGUUCCGAACCCGCUGAAGAUGUUCGCCCGGCCCGGCUCCAGCAACGGGUCCUCGGAGGACCUCGGUCUCAGCGAGAAGGAUAAGAGGCAGCAGCGCCGCACGAGGAGGACACAGAAGAAGCAGCGCCUCGUGGAGAAGGCCGCCCACGGCGAGGACGGCGAGUUGAUGUACGAGAUGGAGGAGGGCGGCAUGAAGGAGGGGAGCUCGACUGGCGAGAGCAGCGAACGGGACGACAGCGACGAGCUCGACAGGCAACGACUCAAGAUGAACGAGAAGGUAAAGACGGAGAAGAGGAGGAGUUGGCGCAGGUCGCUGUUCAUCUACGGCAUGAUCGCGGUCGGCUUCGCGAUACUGGUGCUCGUGGCAUGGAAGUUGUCACUGGGGAGGAGGUCGGCGCAUAAGGCCGAGUUCGUGAGCAACGGCACGGCCCUAUUCGCGCCGACCACAAUCAUCAUCAGCCUAGACGGCUUCCGCGCCGACUUCCUCCAGCGCGGGCUCACCCCCAGACUGAACGCCUUCGUUAGGGAGGGCGUAUCCCCGAAACACAUGCUCCCGGCCUUCCCCUCCGUCACCUUCCCGAACCACUACACCCUCGCGACGGGUCUUCACCCGGAAAGCCACGGCGUCGUCGGCAACACCUUCUGGGACCCCGAAAUGGAGGCCGAGUUCUACUACACCGACCCGGCGCGCAGCCUCGAUGCCAAGUGGUGGGACGGCGAGCCCUUCUGGGUAACCGCCGAGAACCAGGGCAUCCGAUCCGCCGUGCACAUGUGGCCCGGCAGCGAGGCGCACAUCCUCGGCGUCGAGCCCACCUUCCUCGACAAGUUCAACGGCGACGAGGCCCUCGAAGACAAGGUCGCCCGCAUCCUCGAGUUCCUCGACAAGCCCGGCAUGGAGGACGAGACGGCCGCCGUGGAGGACAUGCGGCCCCAGCUCAUCGCCGCCUACGUGCCCAACGUCGACGCCGACGGCCACCGGUACGGCCCCAACAGCACCGAGAUCCGCACCACGAUCCAGGCCGCCGACGCCAUGAUGGACCAGCUCUUCGCGGGCCUGGAGGCGCGCAACCUCACCGGCAUCGUCAACGUCAUCGUCGUCUCCGACCACGGCAUGGCCACCACCGACACCACGCGCGUGCUGCAGCUCGAGGACCUCGUCGACACCUCCAAGAUCGCCCACACCGACGGCUGGCCCCUCUACGGCCUGCGCCCCAAGAACCCGAACGACCUCCAGGGCCUCUACGACGGGCUGGCCGAGAAGGCCAAGACGAACCCCAACUUCGACGUCUACCUCCGCGACGUCAACAUGCCGGCGCGCUACCACUUUUCCAACAACAAGCGCAUCGCGCCGCUGUGGAUCGUCCCCAAGACGGGCUGGGCCAUCGUCACCAAGGACGAGAUGGACGUCGCCAAGGCCCUGCAGGACGGCACGGUGUACAACCCCCGCGGGCUGCACGGCUACGACCACGAGAACCCGCUGAUGCGCGCCAUCUUCAUCGCCCGCGGCCCCGCGUUCCCCCACCCGCCCAACAGUCAGAUCGACGUCUUCCAAAACAUCAACGUCUACAAUAUCCUGUGCGACUCCGUCGGCCUCAUCCCGAAACCGAACAACGGGACCCUGCGCCUGCCGCUCUCGCCCGUCGGCACUCACAAGUCCGAGGACACGCCCGAGGAACCUCAGGACCCCGUCCCCCCGUACACCACCUCUCAGGUUGCUACUGCAACCAGCGCCUCGCAAGCGGCUCACUCCUCGGCGCCCGCGUCCGAGUCCGUCAAGACGAUCCAGAUUGACCCCCCUCAACCGGCGUCCACCAAUGCCGCGUCUGACAGUGCAGAAGAGAGCGACGGCGCAGACCAGGACGCCAUUGAGAAGGGCAAAGAAACGAUGGUUGGCAUUUGGGACUGGAUCACUGACAAGUUUGACAAGAUUUGGGGCAAGAUUACGGGAGAUAAGGGGAAUGAGAACUCCCAAUCUUCAGAAAAGUCAGAAUGA